AUGGCUUCCAUGGAUAUGUCCACUGACCUGUCCCGAGCCCACCGCAGCAUCCCCAGGCCAGGGCUAGGGAAGAGAACUCAGGGCAGGCGAGAGGCCAAGUCAUUCAGUGGCCAAACUUCUCUCCAUUCCACAGAGGAUUUGCAGUUUGGUCUUGAAUCUCAACACAGAGAGGGAAAAGCAUCAGACUCUGGGUGGCCCAGGGAGCAGAGAGCCUUCUCGCUUAGCCAGCUGCCCCUUUUCCAGUUCAGGGAGACAAAGAGGAAGCUUAAACGCCAGCAGGAAAGGCUGGGCGCAGGGACCCUCAACAUCAGGGACUUUCUGCAGGAGACUCGUCCCUGCAGCCUCCGGGGCAUCUGUGAGACGAGGGAGCCACGCUUCAGGGAUGGCCGCAGGGACUGCUUCCCCGGCCCGGGCACGUACGGCCCCCGGGGGAGCCCCUACGUCAGCCUGGAGGAGAGAGCCAAGCGCUCUGCCGGCACACGGGGGCUGAUGGACAGCAGGAUGCCCAAGUGUGCCCUGCCAGCAGCCACGGGCAGCGGCCUGGGACCUGGCACCUACCACCUGCGCGGCAGCAUCGAGGAGGGGCUGCGGCGGGCGUGCAGUUUCGGCCUCCACAAGGGCUCCUUGGGGGACAAGCCCAAGCCUGCCAGUGGUGGCCAUCAAGCCUCGGAGAGAGCCACUGAGCUGGACACUGUCCCAGUGAAGGGUUUGGUGGAUGAGCUGAUGUCGAAUGAGAACAAGAAGAAAGGCUGCUUCAGCACCCUGCCAAGGAGCACAGGAUCCCUCAUGAAGAGGAUCUGCAGGGCCACGUGUAACAGGUUUCCUUCUGUGCAGUAUGCAGUGGGGCCAGGUUCCUACAACCCAAAGCCCAUUGGGAGAUCAGAGUACUCCAACCAAGCCCCGUUCUGGUCAUCUGCCAAGAGAUUUGACAGAAAGUCCCAUCUCCUCUUCACUGGGAACCAGAACCCUGUAGGUGUUGGUCGCUAUGACAUCAGCAGCCAUGAGAAAGCCCUUCAGAAGAUGAGGCACCAGGCCCUGUACCCUCAUGACGCACAGCAGUACCUCAGCAACUUGAAGCAGGAUGCCUACCUGCGUGAACGACUCAAGCCUGCUGCUAGAAACAGCUGGAGAGAGCUGAUUUCUGCUCAAUGCUGUCCAGAUACCUCUGAAGAAAUCACUGCUGAUUUCCAAACCUAA